GUCACUCAAAACAGUGCUGCAGCUAUGGGCAUUUUUGCGGGCUAAAGUCAUGUCAUCUGAGACAUUUAAUUGGGCCCGGGCCGCCACAGGGGGACAGCGGACGGCAUUCCUCCAACUGCUUGCGCCCUGUUGUGUUGCUCUCCGCCGCGUGGCUGCUGUCCGUGGAUAACAUGUCCAUGCCCACGCAAAGUUGAGCUGCUGGCACCAGUGUAGUGGACGGCCGCCUCGACUAUGUCGGAGAACUUUUGAAUACAGAAUAGUACAGUUGGAGUCUCAAGAGGGAAGAGGAGGUCAAUCCUUGGAGAGGUAGUUGUGCCAUGCAGCGGCUGAGAGACGACCUGCGCUUUUUCUGAGGUCCGACGGGGAACAGACAAUCAGUAUUGAGGCCGGACACUGCUAUCUGAUUUUAAACUUUAUUGAACGGAAUUUCCUGGGUCGGGUUCGUGCUGCUUCAGCUCUGUUUUGUGCCUGUGGCCUCAUGAAGGGAUAAAUGAUCACCUCAACCAGAAGAGUGUCUCCUGAUAAAUCUGAAGUUAGAAUUGCCUUCAGCCUCGACGACACAUCAGAUGUAAAAGAUGUGGAGGCCCUCCCACAGACUUUCCCGGAUCUCGAACAGCGACUACAGCCAGUGCCCCCCUGUGUGUCUCUGAGAGAGAGCGUUCAGGUUUACAAGGAGCACUGCAGGAUGGCGAGGGAGUUCCACCAGGUCAAACACGAGAUCGCCGUGCUUGAGGACCGCAAGCGCAAGUUGCUGGCAGAGAUGGUGGAAGAUGAGCAGGUUGCCAUGGAGAUCGCCCGUCUGGAGGAGGAGUUUCGGCGUCUAACAGAGGAGAACCGCACCUUGGUGACUGUCCACAACGAGCGCGCUCAGCAGCUGGAGAGGCUCUGUGUGACCACUCGAACGAGGCAGGACUCCUCGUGACCUCUGACCUCCAUGGAACCUGAGGCCUCCAAACAUCCAGCUGACGCCAGGCCAGGAAACCAAGCAGAAAUAAAGGCUCAGCUAGUGCUACACAACUGCAGUCAGUGAAUCAGCUAAUUACACAGAGAGGCGUCGUGUUUUUUCAUGUCUGAGUCAUUUGUUUGAACCACAGACGUACUGUCAUCAUCAGUGUGAAGCUGUUGUAGUGAUUCUACCAGGCUAUGACACAAGGCCGCUUUUUCUGGGUUUUGUUAUUAUGUGAUCUUGCAGAACCUUCCUGAUCGCCAUCGCAAUACCUCGCAGUAUAUUUUACACAUUGUCAGCUGCUGUGAAUGUGACCGGAUAUUCUCAUAUCUGUCUCAGGUCCUGUGGAGACUCAGAUCUUUUUACCUGAGGUCUGUGGAGGGAGCCAAAGGUGGUAUGAUGUGGUCCAAAUGUUGUAUUUUGAGGAGUGUUUCCCCCUCCCUCUCCCUCUCCCCCACUUCUGACACUUACCCGUCAAGUUCCUGUUAUGAUAAAAAAGGAAAUGAGUGUUUAACCGAGUGUCAGGGAUCGGGAAAUUGUAGCCAUUUGUGAGGAACAGCAAAAGAAGAAGGGUGAUAAUCCAUUUCACAACAAGUAUCUGCUGCGACACAACACUGUAAGAGCUGUACAUUUUUUUUUUUUUUUUUUUGAUGUAGCGUGUCUCACCCACCUGUAAAAGGGGAAGUAUACAACAAGAUAAACUGUUGCUUAUCAUCCUCGCCUAUUAAUAAAAUGCAUUUUAUUUUAACAUCA